GGAAUUAGUGUUUUAAAACCUGUUAUACUAUCCACGUGACCAGGUCAUGUGAUUAAUACAAAAUGGCGGAUUGGUAGAGGAAAAUACUUUGAUGUUUUCAGACAGCAAAUUUAUGUCUAAUUGGGAGAGCAUUGUUCGCCAUGUUAUGUCUCACACUUUGUCUCAGGAAGUUGCCCUAGAAUACAACUGGGUUGGAAAAGGCUCGAAAAAACCAUUCGAAAAACUUAGACUUAAAAAAGUCAUAUUAGAUGCUGUAAGAGGAAGAAGACAGGGGUCUACUAAUAAUGAAAUCGAGAAGACAAUGAAGGAGUGCCUAAGAUAUGCCAAGGAUAGGGAAGGCGGGCGGAGGAAGAGAUUGACUAAAAAGUUGCAACAACAAAGAGAAGAAAAUGAAAAUGAUAUGUGAACAUCAUUUAGUAAUAAAUUGUAGUAAUUAG